CCUUUGAAGUUCUUGAGCUACCUCUCCCCUUCUCCCUCUCGAUUCUCAUCCGUUCCGCUCUUCCUUCGCGGCGGCUUCCGUUCGCCCCCUCCGUUUCUCCCCCGCUGCCUUCCUCGCACAUCCGGGUUUUCCUAGCAUACCAAUGUCUUUUGAACUCCAGAGGAAGCAUUCAUCUAGGCCAAUUGAUUUUUGUUUCAUGAAUCGGGGGAGAUUCUGGUGUUCGUGGAAGAUCUUGUUUCGUCACUGGACUUGAAAUCUAAUUUUUUACUCCUUUUUCCCCCUUCGUUUUAUUGGAGGGGGGAUUAUUAUACGAAGCUAUUUGAGAAUUGGGUUCAACACCUCGGUAUAUUUGUUCUUUUUUAAAAACAUUUGUUUUGAGAGCUCUUCGUUUCAAGCUGAUUGAGAUACAAGAUAAUUACGAUUUUUUUCCAUCUCGCACGUGGGAAGUUGUUUAUACGCUAAGUCUCUAGAUUUACCAUGGGGAGAAGAUCACUACCUCCUGGGUUUCGGUUUCACCCAACUCACGUUGAGUUGGUUAUGUUCUAUCUAAAGAGGAAAAUAAUGCGGAAGAAGCUUCCUACGGGAGUCAUUUCUGAGUUAGACAUAUACAAAUAUGCUCCCUGGGACCUUCCAGAUAAAUCGUGUUUGAGAAGUGGAGAUCUGAAAUGGUACUUUUUUUGUCCAAGAGAAAGGAAAUAUGCAAGUGGGGCUCGAAUGAAUCGUGCCACAGAGUUUGGGUAUUGGAAAAGUACUGGAAAGGAUAGACCUGUUCUUUAUAACGAUCAAGACGUUGGGAAGAUAAAGACUUUAACAUUUUUCAGAGGUAAAGCACCAAAAGGGAUUCAAACUGAUUGGGUCAUGCAUGAGUACAGGAUUGAAGAAAAUAAUCUGUCUUUAAGAAAUGUUGCUCAGGAUGCGUAUGUUCUGUGUGUAAUUUUUCAGAAGGAUGGUCCAGGCCCUAGGAAUGGUGCCCAGUAUGGAGCACCAUUUAAAGAGGAAAAAUGGGAUGAUGAUGGUGAGGAGGAGGUUGAGGCUUCAGAAGUUGGUCCUUCUGUGUUAUCCCUUCCACUACCUAGUAAAGAGCCACAGAAUUCAUUUGCUCCUGACACCUCUGCCACACCGAGUAACAUUUUUGAUCCUUCGUCAGUAUCCUGUAUUUCUAAAAAUUUUGCAUCUACUUCAGAGGAAAUUCCUCCGAUUGCAUCUGGGAGUAUUGCUCCAAUGGAGAUACCGCCUCUGCUUUUAGAUUAUGGUGAAGAUGUAUUUACAAUGCAAGAUAUUUUCCCUGAAGACAGAAAUUUGAAUUUGGACGGUGGCGAUGGAUUUCAGGAUAACAAACAGGCUACUGCUGCUGCUUCAAAUAAAACAGAUCAAAACGAUAUUUUUACAGAUUUAGAACUAGAAGAUGUAUUCAGGUUGUCUGAAUUGAAUGGAGAUGGGAAUGCUGAAGUCGCUGGUCACGAACUAAUAUAUAAUUCAGAACAAAUGUUUCCAAAUAUCAAAGCAAUGUUUAGUUCAGGCCAAGCGCCAUUCCUGGAGCUGAAUGAUCUCGAGGUUCCAUUACAUUCUACUUCUGAAUAUGAGCACAUGCAAAUGUCAAACUUAAAUGCUGCAUACAGCUGUUCUAGUGCUAAUGAACAGCCGCAUUUCCCAUUUAUUUCUUUUGGAGCUGCCAAUCAGCAUGCUCCUUCAUGUCAGUAUCCCUCUCUGCACAAUUCCAAUGAUCAAAUAUGCCACCCCACUGAUCAUGGAUUCCCUGAUGCACACAUGUUUGCUUCCACUUCCACCCAGUCUCCCUGGCAGCAGGAAAAUAUUCAUCACAAUUCAAAUGUGGGAUGUAAUGGCUAUAAAGCUCCAUGGCGUCAUGAUCACAAUUCGAACUCUUAAGUCAAGGUAAUUCAUAAAGCCUUUGCAGAGGGUGUUUAGUUUUAUCAACUCACUGCCAUUUGCACUUGUGCAAUGACAAUCUGAUCUAUAAGGACGAACGUGCAAGUGCACUCUACAGUACAGUAUCAUGAUGUACUGAUGUAGCUAUCCUGGUUAACUAAAAACUCCUCGUCAGUGCUCCCAUCGUCUGUUUUUUGCGUUAGUAAGAUUAUUCUUGAAGAAUUAAGAUUAUCUGUGAAAAAUUUGCUGCAGCAGGGAGUUCCUGUAGCAGUUUGUGAAUAAUUUUUAUUGUGUUUGAGAGAUAAGUAGGUCAGCAGGUCUCUCCCAUGUUUUCUGAAUCCUCUAUCAAAUGAAGACACUGAAAAUAAUAACGAUUGUGGUGGCAGAUUUUGUUAUUAAAACUUAAAGGGAUGAUGAGCUACUCUGCUACACAGGUAAAGCAUGCCCAUUUUAUUUUCCUUCCUGAAACUUGCUCUGAAGGAAUGGCUGGUAAGUUCUUGGACAGCUUCAUCUUGGAGAUUAUUAUUAUUAUUAUUUUGAUUAGUCUUGGAUUUGGUUA